AUGAAAAGAAAUGAAAUAUUACAGAAGAAACAUACAGAUAUCAUGCAUCUAAAACAAUGGCCUAAUACUUCCAAGAUGGUAAACGCGUUUACCAAUGUCGAUUUUUGUCAUGGUGAAGAUGAUGUGUCAAUCUAUGGUAGUGAUUUCUCUCCGAUAGAUUCCGGUAUCAGUUCACGACCUGUUUCACGUGCGAAUACGAAUGAGACGUCAUCGGAAUGUACCGAAGAAUCUGGAAUGAUUCACACAUCACUUCGACAUCGCGUAAGAAAAAAGUGGUGCGACAAAAGCGAUUAUGAACAAACAAAGUUAAGAAGUGGUACCUGUCACGUAUCACGUGGAUUAACUCGAAUGCGUCAUGAUUUCUCCGCUACAUCAUCCUGUUUACCAAUACAUCGGUCAAUUCGUCAGGAUUUAUCCAUCACACGUCAUGUUGCUCGAGUCCGAAAUGCAUACAGCAAACGGGCUAAAUCAGCUGUUGCAGUUGUGCGGUUUAGAAAACCGGAAUCUGAAAUCGAGUCUUAUGCAAAUAACUCUACCUUUUACGAAGAUUUUAAAUGGUUCUACUAA